CGUGGUGGCCUACUACCACGUGCUGCCCGGGGAGAUCGUGGCCGACUCCGUCUGGGUGGACGUCAAGGACACCUGCAUGGGCACCCUGGUGGUGAAGGGGGCGACGGAAGGUGACAACCGUGUCCACGAGCCGGGGACACCGAUGAGGCUGCGCAUCGAGGGCGACCACAAGGCCCACGUGGGGCUGGUGGCCGUGGACAAGGGCGUCUUCGUCCUCAGCAAGAAGAACAAGCUCACCCAGACCAGGGUGUGGGACACGGUGGAGCAAAGUGACAUCGGCUGCACGCCGGGCAGUGGCAGGGACAACGUCGGGGUCUUCACGGACGCUGGCCUGAGCCUGACCACCAACGUCCAGCUGAGCACCCCGCAGCGGUCAGAUGUCCAGUGUCCCCAGCCGGCCAAACGCAAGCGCCGCUCGCUGGCACUCGCCGAGUACAAGGGCACCAAGGCGGCCGAGUACUCGGGGAAGCUGGAGCGGAAGUGCUGCGAGGACGGGAUGAAGGAGAACCCGAUGGGGCACGGCUGCCAGCGCAGGAGCGAGUACAUCCAGGAGGGCGAGUCCUGCGUCCGCGCCUUCCUCGACUGCUGCACCUUCAUCAAGGCCAAGCGGGACCAGCAGAACGUGGCCCUCGGCACCGGGCUGGCCAGAAGCCAGGAGGAGGACGAUCUCUUCUCUCCGGACUCGGACAUCGUCUCGCGGACCCUCUUCCCCGAGAGCUGGCUGUGGCAGGUGGAGCAGCUGACGGAGCCACCCAACGAUCUGGGGGUCUCGGCCAAGACGCUGCCCGUGUACCUGAAGGACUCCAUCACCACCUGGGAGGUGCUGGCCGUCAGCCUCUCCCCCUCCAAAGGGCUGUGCGUGGCCGACCCCUACGAGAUCACGGUGAUGAAGGACUUCUUCAUCGACCUCCGCCUGCCCUACUCGGUGGUGAGGAACGAGCAGGUGGAGAUCCGCGCCAUCCUCUACAACUACUGGCUGCACGACAUCACGGUGCGCGUGGAGCUGCUCCACAACCCCGACCUGUGCAGCCCCUCCACGGCCAAGCAGCGCUACCAGCAGGUGCUGCGCAUGAAGGCCGAGUCCUCGCGCUCCGUGUCCUUCGUCAUCGUCCCCCUCAAGCUCGGCCUGCUGGACGUCGAGGUCAAGGCGGCCGUCCGCAACCAGUACGUGGGCGACGGGGUCAAGAAGAAGCUCAGGGUCGUGCCCGAGGGGAUGCGGCUGGAGAAGACGGUGAAGAUCGUCGAGCUGGACCCGCAGAACAAGGGAGUCAACGGGGUGCAGGAGGAGCGGGUGAAGGCCGCGGAUCUCUCGGACAUCGUCCCCGACACGGAGGCAGAGACCAAAGUCAGCAUCCAGGGCAACCCCGUGUCCAUCAUCGUGGAGAAGGCCAUCGAUGGGGACAAGCUGAAGCACCUGAUCGUGACCCCGUCGGGCUGCGGGGAGCAGAACAUGAUCGCCCUGACGCCCACGGUCAUCGCCGUCCACUACCUGGACAACACCCAGCAGUGGGAGAACUUUGGCGUCGACCGCCGGGCGGGGGCCAUCGAGCUGAUCAAGAAAGGUUACACCCAGCAGUUGGCUUUCCGCAAGCCCGACAGCUCCUACGCCGCCUUCAUCAACCGCCCCUCCAGCACCUGGCUGACCGCCUACGUGGUCAAGGUGUUCGCCAUGGCCAGGAGGCUGACGGACAUCGAGCACGAUGAGAUCUGCGGCCCCGUCAAGUGGCUCAUCCUCAACAAGCAGAAACCGGACGGGGUCUUCCAGGAGGACGCGCCCGUCAUCCACAAGGAGAUGGUGGGUGGUUACCAAGGUGCCGAGCCCGAGGUGUCCCUCACCGCCUUCGUCCUCAUCGCCCUCAAGGAGGCACAGGACACCUGCAAGGACCACGUCAACAACUUGGACGACAGCAUCAACAAAGCUGCCAACUUCCUGGCCCGGCGCUACGAGCAGCUGGCCCGGCCUUACACGGUGGCCCUGGCGUCCUACGCGCUGGCCCUGGCCGGGAAGCUCAAGAGCGAGAAGGUCCUCAUGAAGUUCUCCAAAGGUGGGGCCAGCUGGGAGGAGCGCAACGCCCGCACCUACAACAUCGAGGGCACGUCCUACGCGCUGCUGGCCCUGGUGGAGAUGAGGAAGUCGGAGCUGGCGGGGCCGGUGGUCCGGUGGCUCGCCCAGCAGAACUACUACGGAGGGGGCUACGGCUCCACCCAGGCCACCAUCCUGGUGUUCCAAGCGCUGGCCCAGUACCAGGUGGCCACGGAGGCCCAGCAGCAGCUGGAGAUGGACGUGUCGGUGCUGCUGCCGCGCCGCGCCAACCCCGUCAAGUACCGCAUCGAGAACCGCAACGCGCUGGUGGCACGCUCCACCGAGACCAAGCUGAACGAGGAGUUCACGGUGAAGGCCGAGGGCGUGGGCAAGGGGACGAUGACAGUGGUGACCGUGUACCACGCCAAGGUCCCCGAGAAGGACAACAAGUGUGACAGCUUCGACCUGAGCGUGGACGUGGAGGACGUGGACACGGGCAAGGAAGAGGAGGAGAUCAUCAGGUCUGUCAAGAUCACCAUCUGCACCAGGUACCUGGACACCGUGGAUGCCACCAUGUCCAUCCUGGACGUGUCCAUGCUCACGGGCUUCUCGCCGGACGUCCAGGACCUGAGGAGGCUGUCCGAGGGCGUGGACAGGUACAUCUCCAAGUUCGAGCUGGACCAGGACAAAGAGCGGAGCAACGUCGUCAUUUACCUGGACAAGGUGUCCCACAAGGCCCAGGAGUGUUUCGCCUUCAAGGCCCACCAGAGGUUCCAGGUGGGGCUGAUCCAGCCCGCAGCCGUCAGCGUCUACAGCUACUACAGGAUCGACGAUCGCUGCACCCGGUUCUACCACCCGGACAAGGAGGGAGGGAAACUGAGCAAGAUCUGCCAGGGGGAAGUUUGUCGCUGCGCCGAAGACAGCUGCUUCAAGCGCCACGAGGAGCCCGAGGCCAUCACUGUCAACCAACGCAUCGAGCGCGCCUGCGAGCCCGGGGUGGACUUCGUGUACAAGGUGAAGAUGCUGGCCCGCAAGGAGACCCCGUCCCACGACAAUUACAUCAUGAAGGUCCUGUCGGUCAUCAAGAUGGGUACGGCCACCACGGGGCAGGGCCACCACGGGGGGACACGGCCACCACGGGGCAGGGACACGGCCACCACGGGGCAGGGCCACCACGGGCUGGAGCGGGAACAGCUGGAGCGGCAACAGCUGGAGCGGCAACAGCUGGAAUGGGAACAGCGGGAGCGGCAACAGCUGGAGCGGCAACAGCUGGAAUGGGAACAGCUGGAAUGGGAACAGCUGGAGCGGCAACAGCUGGAGCGGGAACAGCUGGAGCGGGAACAGCUGGAGCGGGAACAGCUGGAAUGGGAACAGCUGGAUCGGGACACAGCUGGAAUGGGAACAGCUGGAUCGGGAUAG